AUGGAACCAACAAGGUUAUUCUUACCGAGAUCUAACCCUUCAAGCUUCCCCAAAUUUCCUAUUUUCAAAGGAAUUGAACCAACAAGGGAUGACAUCUCCAAGAGAAUUGGAAUCCAUGACCAAGUGCGUCGAUCGCUCAAAUUACAAAGUGUUGAAGGGAUGGUGCCGAAAAGGCCAUUGUGGGAUAUGUUCAAAACAACAAGAUUUUUAAGAUUGCCUAAUUUUGGAGGGAUAGAACUGGACAUAGAAUUGUAA